UUCCAAGGAAGGACUUUUUGGAUUACUAUAAAUGGUCUCUAUCACUCACAAUCAUUCACCACAGCCGCUUGUAUAUUUCGUUUUGUGUAGUCAUUUAAAAGCGUUUUUCCUCGUCCGGCGAAGAUGACGAUCCUCAUUGAGCAGCCUGCCGUCGUUUCACAAGUUGAGGAGAAGGAUCUGGAGAACGGCACGGAUGAGUUGAUAUUAGAUGGCGAAUUCGCGUUGCCAAAAACUUUGACGAGUGAAGGCUUUGUUGCGCCAGAGAUAAAUUCUUUUGGCCAAACUUUCAGGGAUUAUAAUGCAGAAAGUGAACGGCAAAAGACUGUCGAAGAAUUCUAUCGGUUGCAGCACAUUAACCAAACAUAUGACUUCGUUAAGAGAAUGAGGGAAGAUUAUGAGAAAUUGGACAAAGCUGAGAUGAGCAUCUGGGAAUGCUGUGAACUCUUGAAUGAAGUAGUGGAUGAAAGUGAUCCUGAUUUGGAUGAACCUCAAAUUCAGCACUUGUUGCAAUCUGCUGAAGCCAUUAGAAAGGAUUAUCCUGAUGAAGAUUGGUUGCACUUGACCGCUCUCAUUCAUGAUCUAGGAAAGGUUCUUACUCUUCCUGAAUUUGGGAAGCUUCCUCAAUGGGCUGUUGUUGGAGAUACUUUCCCUCUUGGAUGCGCUUUUGACGAAGCCAAUGUUCACCACACGUAUUUCAAGGGAAACCCAGAUUAUGACAACCCAACCUAUCAAACCAAGAAUGGAAUUUACUCUGAGGGAUGUGGAUUAGACAACGUUAUGAUCUCAUGGGGCCACGAUGAUUACAUGUACAUGGUGGCCAAGGAGAAUGGAACAACUCUCCCUUCUGCAGGACUGUUUAUCAUCCGAUAUCACUCCUUUUACCCCUUGCACAAGGAGGGUGCAUACACCCAUCUCAUGAACGACGAGGACAAGGAAAAUCUCAAGUGGCUCCAAAUUUUCAACAAAUAUGAUUUGUACAGUAAGAGCAAAGUUCUUGUUGAUGUUGAAGCAGUAAAGCCAUACUAUCUUUCCCUCAUUGAGAAAUAUUUCCCUGCCAAGCUGAGAUGGUGAGAAGCAGUCAGGAUUUGGAUGCAGCCUUGUGAUUUUCAUUAUCUUUUAGAUUUUAAGAGUAAUCUGAAAUUUCUAUCUUGUAAAAUAACAGAAGGAGUUUGCGGGGUUAAUUAUUUUGUGAGUUGUGUACUACUUGUUCCUUUCCUUCAUGAUUAAGAAUUUUGCAGUGUUGUUUCGGUUUGUUAAAUAUACUAAGAAUUGAUUGUUGAAUCGAUUA